GGAGCUGAUUCCCAUUUUCGCAGUACCAUGAGCCAUGUAAUCCAUAAUUCCCAUGUUUUCCAUUGCAAAUAGGACAUAUUGAGCUCCAUGGCUGAGUUUCGGGCAGCAUCUUUAAGUUGGAAUAGAUCUUAUCCAUCAAAACUCUUGGUAAACCAGUUAAUUUGGCAUGCCAAUCCAGAUACUUGGGGGUUAAUACUUUAUCGGACUUGCUCAUAUUGCCUUUUAUAUGAUUGCGAAUCAAUUUAAAGACUAUGCAACUAUCUCAAUUUCAUGCUGUUCAUAUUUAAUAAA